AUGGACGCUGCGGAGUCCUCCACUUCGCCCUACUCGCCGCCGUCGCUGCGCCACAAGCUGCGGACCACCGUGUGCGGCUGCUUCGGCUCGCCGUCGUCGCCGGGCAGCAGCGGGGAGAGGCCGCACAGCGGCGGACGCAGGAUCAGGUGGAGGCGGCGCGUGGCGGCCGCGGGGGAAUUCAGGUACGACGCGCUGAGCUACGCGCUCAACUUUGAUGAGGGCGGCAGCGACGACGGCGACGCCGACGCCGACGCGGAGGACAACGCCUUCCGGCACAGAAACUUCAACUCGCGCCUGCCGCUCUCGCCGGCGCCGGCCUCCCGAGCCGUACGCCAUCACCUGAACUCCUGA